AUGAGAUUAAGUAUACUUCACCUGAUUUAAACGCGCCAUUUUCAAUAUGAGGUACAAUCCGCUUUAUUAGGCAAGCACGUUCCAACUGACCCCUGGAAGAUCUGUUCUGAACGUGUUCAUCGUCUCCGGUGUCGCUCCUUUAUAUCUGCUUAGUGACUCAAAGAAGGUAACAGGAUAUCGGCUCUACGGUGAUAAGUACUGGCAAUUAGAGGAAAAGCAAGGAUAGAGCAUGGGCCUGUCCAAUUCUGGCAGAAGAAAGGAACCAUCCUGUCAGUCCAUAGCAGAGUAGGCAUUACACAGCAGCAAGGGCCGACCUUUAACAAUGAAGCAGCCCUUGAACCUCCAGGCAGGCUCAGAUAGGUGGAACUCCAAAUGAUCCAAAUGAGGAAAAGAUAUCUGGCCAGGAUCUCCCUGGUGAUCAGAAUGGAACAGCCAAAAAUCAGGGAAGUGUCAGGAGAAUUUGGGGGAAGAUGGCAAGAAACCAGCGUCAAGUGAAUUCUGUUAGCAAAUGUCUCACGAUUGACAGCCUACUUCUGAAUCCGCUUCGAAGGGAAAGGCAGUUCAAAUUCUGUGGAUAUACUGUAAACAUCACUCAACACUUCGGCAGCAAGUUGGGGUUCUCUUCUUCUGUCUGGGAAGCCGCUCUGGUUCUCUGCCAGUACUUUGAGCGGGAAAAGAUCGACUUUUCCGGGAAGAAGGUGAUUGAACUCGGAUCUGGCACUGGAAUUGUGGGAAUUCUCGCUGCCCUGCUUGGUGGGGAAGUUACAAUGACAGACAAAGAGGACGCCUUGAGCCAAAUAGAAUAUAAUAUCUCCAUCAAUAUCCCCUCAGACUGCAGACAUCGAGCUAAAGUCUGUGCUCUAAACUGGGGCAAGGAUCACGUCAACUUUCCAACUAGCUAUGACUUUAUCUUGGGCUCAGAUAUAGUGUAUACUUCCCUGACUUACCCUUUGCUAUUAAAGACUCUGCUACACUUCUCCAAAGGGACAGCUAUCAUCUACCUCUCAACAAAGUUACGGGAAGGAAAUCACUCCAUCCAUUUCCAUGAGGAGCUUUUGCCUCAGUACUACAACUGCCAACUUGUUCACAGAGUUGAGGAUAAAGAAAUCAGCGUGUACAAGUUAAGCACAUUGAAUUCAACUGUCAGUGACGAUGUGCCUGCGUAGGCAAAAGGAGCUGCCAGUCAGAAGAUUUUUGAGCCAUUAUAACUUGAAUAAACAUUCAGUUAAUCUGUAGGGUGAUUGGUCUUUAUUUAUUGGGAACUUUUUUUGUGUGUGCAAACAGUUCUUAUUAAUCAUUUAAAAUUGUAUUUGAACAAAAAAUGCUGCUUUCGUCAUA